AUGGAGCCUUCAUCUCCGGCUGCCGCCCCGUGCGCCUCGAUGAAGCCUGAGAGGGACAGUUCUCCUCCUCGAGCAGUCGUCAAGGCGGACCCGGACUGCUCUGUGCCGGCAGGGAGCUCACCAGCAACGUUCGGCGCUGCCUCGCCGCGUCGCGCGCCUCUCCCCACAGAACCCGCUGCGCCGGCGGCCUCCUCGACGCCUGAGAGCUCGGAGACGGUCGCGACACCAGCAGGGCCAGCGGCGGAGGGCGCAGGGCCGUGUGGGGCACCAGAGACUGCGGGCGCGGGUCACGCGCAGGCGGGGGAGGGAAGCACGCUGCUUGUGGCCCGGUCGACUUGCCUGUCGAUUUUGAAUGCGCUCUCGCUCUGCUGUCCAGAGUGGAAGAAGAAGGACAACUUCCGUUCCUUCUACUUCCACUUUGCGCAGAUCUCGCAGGCCGCAGACCGCGCGUUCCUCGACGUGUACUUGACCAUCGUGUUCGACAAAGUCAUUCGCAGUCUCCCGCCGCAGCCCUGUCCCCCGCCGAUGCCUCUCGUCGUCAAGGCCCUUCGGGAACUCCCCCAGAGCGACGUCGACGAGAUCACGGCAGAGCUCGACGCCCUGCGGCUCUCCUCCGCGGCUGCGGCUGCCCAGGCUGCAGCCACCUCGGGCGCGGGGCUUGGCUUCGAGGCCUCGUCGCUGUCGCUGACGACCCUCGCCGAGGAAAGGCCCUCCCAGGCCCCCACCGCCUUCUCGCCCAAGCAAAAGGAGGAGGCGGGCCGCCUCGCCUCGCCGCGAAGAGCUGCGGCGCCGGGAGACUCCCAGGCCACGCUGUCGACCCCACGCGGUCGCGGCGGGUCUCGCGGAGGCCUCGGCCGCGGAGGCUCGGGCGGCCGGAGCCAGCGAGGCGCGUCGCACGCCGGCGCGGCGGAUGAGACAGUCUCCGGCCUCGAGUUGGACGAUCCCCCCGAGGGCGCCGCAUCCGCGAACGGGCCGGCGGGGUCUGGCGGCGCGACGCCUCAGGCGCUCCGGCGCCUCGUGGGCGGGAUCUCCUUCAACCGCAGCGGAAACGCGUGGGUGGCGAGUUGGGUGACUCGCGCAGAUUUCAAGCAUCGCUACAAAUACUUCAAAACUGCAGACUUCGGAUACGAGCAGGCGCGCCUCCUCGCGAUUCGCUUCCGUCAACACAAGCUCCUCUCUGGCGACGCUGUCGUCGAGGCCUCCGAGCUUCAGCAGCGCCUGCCGCACGGGCUCCACACGGGCGCGUUUGCGCCCUACGGGUCUCCGGCAGUCGCCGCGGAGGCGGAGAACCCUGAGGCAUCGGAAGCGGUCGAGAGCGAGCGUGGGGAGGAUGGCGGUGAGCGCGGCGAGGACGGCGUCGAGGGCAGCGCGGCCGGGGGCUUGCGUGCUUCGUCGGGGCUGGGGAGUCUGGGGCUCGAGAGCCGGGGCCUGGAAGCCUCGCGCCCGAGAGGCGGCGCGAACUUCCGGGCCACUGAGCCGUCGCCGAUGGAGGGUGUGUACUACCGCGAAGGCGGGAGUGGGGGGUCGAGCUCCGCGUCUUGGCAGUGCCGCUGGUCCGUCGGCGGGAAGAAGUACAGCAAGACCUUCGCCGUGAGCAAGUACGGCCCCGAGAAGGCGCGGGAGCUCGCCAUUCGCUUCCGCCUUCAGCAGGCCGAGGCGCUGCUCGCGCAGGGUCACGAGACUUACAACCGCAGCCUGGAGAUGGUCAUUUCCGAGGGCGACCAAAAUCCGGUGGUCUUCGAGCGGGACUCGGGGGCCGCGGACCAAGCCGGGACCCGCGCCGCCGGCCCCGCGCGCGCCACGCCAGUCGCCCUCUCCUGGUCCGACAGCGGCGGACCUGACGAGGGCGGGGAGGGGACGCUGUCGGACGGGAACCUCUGCGGCCGACGCGGCCUGGGGACGCGCCCUGCUUCACAGGGCGGGGGCUGCGCGGCCGAGGAGCCUCAGCCGGGGGCGGGCGACCGGGCCGGUGCCUGGCAGGCGGGCGUGAAGUUCGACGAGGCGACGAAUUCCUGGAAAGCCUGGUGGCGACAGAGCGGCGGCCGCGCCGUCUUCAAGGCGUAUCCGAUUGCGCGCUACGGCGAAGCCGUGGCCCGCGAGAAAGCGGAAACGGCGAUGCGCGCCAAGGCUCUGGAGCUCCAGGUGAUGGGCGGCGACGUCCCGCGGGCGGUCGCGGUUGAGGCCCGCGACUCGACACGCGCGUUCGCUUCCGGGCGCGGUCGGGGCCGGGGCUCGCCUUUCGCCCAGGGCUUCGCGGGCUCUCAGGGCGCGCCUGGGGGCCUCGCGCCGACGACCCCCGAGGGGCGCGGCCCCGCGCCUCUCUACCAGGCGCGGCGGCCCGAGGAUGGCGGGGUCUCAGUGUCUCCGAGCCGACGGGCGACGGCGCCGUCGAGUGGGGCCUCGCUCGCGUCGUUUUUCGCACGCGGUGCAGGCGGAAUCGUGUUGCCUGGCGAGGCAGACCUGGAGGAACAUGAACUUCAGGGCAUUCUCGAGUUGGACAAACGCGUACCGGGGAGUGUCUUCCUGCAGCAGUCCGCCUACUGUCUCUCGUUCGGCGGCGGAAAAUGGGUCGCGUCCUGGGGCGUGGGCGGCUCCGACCGACUCCUCUCACGAAGCUUCUCGGUCUCGCGCUUCGGCUUCGCGCAGGCUAGGGCGAUGGCCGAGCACUGGCGCCGGACGAAGCUCCUCAAGCUCUGGCGCACGGAGCAGGAGCGGAAGGAGACAGCGAGUCGCGAGGCUCUGAUGAUGGUCGCUGCGGGGGGCUCGCGCCUCGGGAAAGACAGGGGCGCGGCGAGUCUCGCGGCCGGGCGGACCGGCGCGGGGCCCGCGAAGAAGGGUGAGGCAGGGCUUCACCUGGGGGCGCUUCCCUCCCAUCGCCACACACCGUACUCACACUCGCUGUCGGUGGGGAAGCGCAGCGGCGCAGGCAACGCAGGCGCCGGCGGUGCUGUGGGGACUACGUCCUCUGCCCUCCAUCACUUCUUGAAGCUUUCGCAAAAUCGUCUCGCCGGAGGAAGCCCCGACACCUGGGGUCCAGCCAAGGGCGCGGGCCACUGCGUCAAGGCCCUGGACCUCUCGCCCGGGCGUCGCGCCCUCGCGUCGCUCGAGGGCGACGCCGCCGGGCCUGAGGGGGGCGAGCUCGAGGGUAGCGGACCCGAGGGCAGUGGGGCCUCGGGCCUGUCGCCGUACGCAUCGGGCCUCUCGGGGUUCCCAGAUGAGGGCGAAGAGGGCGCCGAGGAGGGCCUGGGGGCCUUGGAGGGAGAGACUCUCUGGCGCCUACCGCACUCUCGCUUGGCCGCUGGGCUUCACGCGAAGCGAGAGAAAAACGAAGACCGUCUGUAUGCGUUGGACGAAGAGGAACUCGAGCCUGGGGUCUCUGGCGCUUCCUCGAUUGACCUGUCCUACGACUCGCAGACGCAAAGGUGGAACGUGGAAAUGCUAAACCUUCGCGGAGAGAAGGUGGUGAAGAGCUUUUCAGCGGUGGCUUUGGGGGGGGUCGAGGCGGCGAGACGUAGCGCCAUCGCCGCCCAAAGAGACAUGGAGGCCGACCUCGUUCGCGAAUACCUCGAACCUGACAAAGACACGGUCCAUCUCGGUGUCUCCUUCGACCGGAAACAUGCCGCCUGGCGCCUCCAGCCUGCGGUCGUCGUGGAGGCGGUGCUGAAGAAGUUGAGGGCGGAGCCCGAGGAGUCGCAGUGGGAGAAGGGACCCUCCGCCGACCCGGCAGCCGACGCUGGACAGCCAGAAGCCAAAGAGGACGCGGACCCCCAGAGCACAUCCUCCACGGGCGAGAAGAAGCCGCGCCUCACGGGGCAGCUGGCGGCCCCUGAGAAGAUCGCGACGGUCGCCGCGAGGCCCGUUGAAAUUUUCGCCGUUAGCGCGCUCGGGUGGGAGGGGGCGCGCGGCGCGGCUCUGAAGGCGUCGCGCGACCUCCAGCUCGAGUUGGGGGUUUCGGAGGCGUCGCUGCCUCCUGUGGAGGACGUUGUCCUUCACCCAGAUCUCUCGCGCCUCCUUGGUGCGUACCUGCGGAAGUCCACGCGUGGUCGCCUCGCGGCCGUCCCUGGCUCCCUCGACCUCGGAGAGUCCCUCCGUAACUCCGCGUCCUCCCAGCCGAUGGGCCUCGUCGACGCCGCGCCCACGCUCGGGGCGCGCUCGCGCCGCGGCUGGCCGCCGGCGGGUCCUGGGACCCGCAGGAAGGAGGCCUCGCCUCAGGACGCCUCUGAGGGGUCUCGGGAAGCCGAACAAGCCGCUGUGGCUGCGAUGCAAGCGGCGGCGGCAGCGGGGGUCCGCUGCCUCCAGGUUUCCGACUUUCUCGCAGACGUCGAAAUCUCCCCGAUGGACGUUCAGGCGGCGGCGCAGCGCCGCGCGGCCCUCGCGGCCAACGCGGCGGCCGCGGCCGAGGCGGUCGCUGCAGAGGUCGCUGCAGCCCAGGGGGCCGACGACGAAGGCCCCGAGCGGAAGGAGGAGGCGAGGCGACUUGGGGACCUUGCCGCGGUCGGCUUGACGACCGCCAAGGGCAUUCACUACAGCAAGCGCGAGCGGGCGUGGGUGUGUCGGUGGACGGACGCAGUGACGGGGAAGGUAGCCGUGAAGGCCUUCCAGGAGAAGAAGUUCGGCUUCGAGGAGGCCCGACGCCUCGCCGAGAUCUACCGGCGCGCCGCCGAGGCCACAGGACGCGUGAAGACCCGCGAGGGGCCCGCCACUCUCGCGGGCCUGCCUCUAGUGCGCUUCGUGCAGACCCGCGGGGCGGACAAAACCCGCGGCGGCGUCUGGCGCGUCGAGUGGCUCUUGAGCGAGCCGGAGGCCGGAGACAGCGGCAACAGUGUGCCGGAGCCCGGUCGGAGGCCUCGCGGAGUGACUCUGCAAGUUGUGAAGCCAUUUCUGUGUCACCAGUUCGGCAUCGAAACAGGCCGCCUCCUCGCCCUGCAUCUGAAGAAGAAACUGGACGACGUCUACGGACCGCUCGCCGAGAAACUUCGACGCAGACGCGCCGUGAGCAAGCCCGGCGCGGGGGCGGAGAAUGCGGAAGGUGCGAGCGAGAGAGAGGGAGACACGAAGAUACACGAAGGCGGACCUGCGGAGGGUGAGGGGACGUCUUCUGGGCUGUCUUCGGGUGAGGCAAGCCAGGCGAAGCCGCCGGCGCCGGGGUCUUUCUUUGACCCCUCCGAGCUGGAUUUUGACGACAUUUGCUUUCAGUUUCAAGAGGUACAGAAGCUUCUGCACGAGACUGCAGAGCUGGAGGCCCGCGUCCACCACGCCCUGCUCACGAACGCGCCUCUGCCCUUCAUCAUUGAGCCACCGCCAUCGCCACCGUCGAUCUUCACCUCCGAGUCGGGGCUCCUCGCGGGCGCCUUAGGCGCCCGUGACGGAGAUGCGCCGCUGGUGUCUCUGGAAGUCCUCGCGCUCGCUGCGGCUUCUGGGCGCGGGGGUCGCGGCUCGCGUGGCGGUCGCCUGUCGACGGGGAGCGCUGGGAGUGUGGGCGCGGAGGACGGCCGGCGAAGGCGAAAGCGCGAUCCAAACACAGAGGCGGGCGCAUCCGAGGGCAUGAAGCACGAGUCCGACGAAGAGACUGCGAAGAGAAAGAGACGCCUCGCGACCGGCCGACGCGGCGGUAGAGAGAGCGCGGCGGCGCGCCUUGCCGCCGUCGCUGCGGACCUCAUCUCGACCACGGCCGCCGCUCAAGCUUCUCUGGCUGCAGACAAACUCCAGGGACAGCGCGAUGGGCCCCCGCACGGGGCCCGCGGGCCCGGCCGGGGCGCAUCUGGAGUCCAACGCGAUCGCGAGGAGAGCGCAGACCGAGAUGAGAGCAGCUCCGACAGCAGCAGCGACAGCAGCGACUCGGACUCGAGCUCCGAGUCGAGCAGCUCAAGCGACUCCUUGAGUAGCGAGGACAACGCAAGUGGGCCUGCAACCGAUGACCGCGGGGGGGGAGGCCAGCAGCAGGAAGAAAAGCCGCAGCUUCCCGCUCUCGCUGCGUCUCCGUCUGUCGCAGCUUCGUCGCCGACGUCUGCCUCGCCUCGCGAGGGCCUGGCGAAGGGCCGUCGCGGCGGCUCGCGGCGGCGCCCACGCCAGGGCCCAGGCGACGGCGGCCGCGGCGGCCGCGCGGGCGCUGGCCGGGGGGAGCCCAAGCCGGCGCCGGAAAUGGGGCCUGCGCGGGGGGGUCGGCUCGGGCCCCGCGGGGGAUCUGAAGGUGCACCUCCAGGCGGGUCUGGGGCCUCGCUGGCGUUUCGACCGCCUGCCGAGCGAGGCCAGGCGGCUUCCGCGGAGUUGCUGAUGUCCCCACGAAAGGACAGCGGGGCGACCCCGGUGCCUCGCGCGCUGUCUCCGGCGGGACAGCCUCAGGCGCCCGAGCCGGGGGCGCCGCCGGCGCAGGGACUUCUCCAGGGCGGUGUGGUGGGCCUCCCGCCGGGGGCCCAUGCCCCGCUGCUGAACCCAGCGGCGGCCUCCGCUUUGAACCUCGUGCUCCAGCGACGAGCGCAAGGCACGCCGCUGUCUCCUUCUUCUCAACAGGCCAUGACGGCUCUGGUCGCGAGUGCGUUGGCCGCGGCAGCCAGUCGCGGCGGCGCGCCGGCGGGGGGCCCCGCGGCCCAGGGUCCGCCUGCCGGCUUGUCUGGGGCCUCGAGCUCCGUGGGUCUCUCGUCCAGUCCUCUCCUGGCGCGACUUGCACAAAAUCCGCAACAGCAGGUGUGCCUCGCGGCUGCGGCGGCGGCCUUUCAGAGACAGCAAGAGCUGCAGAGACAAAUGCAGCAGCGGGCCUUGCUGGCCUCGGCGUCGCGGCUGCCGACACCUGCCGGAGGAGGCCUCGGCAGAGAGGGCGAAGGCGAGGCUGCGGCCUCUGGUCCGGCACCGGCUCGGGGUCUUCUCGCGACGUCGUCGCCUUCGCUGUCCCCCGCUUUGUCGGCGGCAUCUCCGGAAACGCUUUCCGCCCUCAGAGCCAAGCAGGCGCUCGCCCACUUCCAGCAGCAGCUUCGCCAGGGCCUUCACCUUCAGCAGGGCCUCGAGGCCCAGGGCGUCCGGGCCUCCCAGGGACCGCCAGGUGGAGCUGACGGCGCCGGGGGCGGUCCUGAACCGGAUGGCGAGGCCGCGCCCCCGGCAGGUCCCCGCGCGCGGCUGCCGCCGCUAAGUCUGUCCGGGGGAGGCGCCCUAGGGGGACGUGGAAGCCCAAGUCCGAAUGUACAGGCCGGCGAGCGAGCUCCGUUCCUUCUUCCUGGAAGCCUGGACAACAGACCUCACCUCCAACAGAGACUGCAGCAAGAGCAGUUGCUCGCUGCCGCCGCAGUCGCUUCCUCUGCGGCGCGGAACGCAGGCGGCGUGGGCCUCGCGGGCCCGGGGCCCCUCAGAGGGGCGGACGGCUCGGUCUUCUUCGCAGGCGCGGGGCACCCCACCCCACACUGUCUCCCGGGAGGGCCUUCGGGCCAGGCCGCUGCGCAGCUUCAGAGUCUCCGCUUUCAGCAGCAAGUCGCAGCUGCCCAGCAACAGCAGCAGAAGCUCCAGCAGCACCAAGGACAGUAG